GCUUUCGUUUGUAACGCGAUUACGGUACGAAAUACAGUAAUAGCGCCCAAAGGGGUGGCUGAAACGACGAGAAGCGAGAUGAAGAAACGUGGAUUCGAAGUUGUCGAAGUGGACAUGAGUGAAUUCAUGAAAUCGGGUGGUGCAUGCCAAUGCCUUGUGCUGAAACUUUGA